AUGGAAGUUACAACGAAUCAUAGGGAUCCGAAAGAUGAAGAAACCCCUGAUGUAGCAAAGAAUUCUUCAAUAGCAAAGACAGAACCUCAUAAAUGGGAAUUCGUAUGGUAUAGAGCUAUAGGAUUACCACUUCUCCAUUUACUGGCGUUUUACUCCUUGUAUAUUUUAAUUAUACAUAGAUAUUGGGGACUAUUUUUUUAUGGUAUUUUUGUUGGAUUACUAAGUGGAUUAGGAAUUACAGCUGGAGCUCAUCGUUUAUGGACACAUAGAUCAUAUAAAGCUAAAUGGCCUUUACGAUUAAUUUUAGCAAUAUUUCAAGCAAUGGCUUAUCAGCGAUCAAUUUUAACAUGGUCACGUGACCAUCGAACACAUCAUAAAUUCUGUGACACAGAUGCGGAUCCACAUAACUCAAAGAGAGGAUUUUUCUUUUCACAUAUAGGAUGGCUUAUGAUUAAGAAACAUCCAGAAGUUACUAUAAAAGGGAAAUUAGUUGAUAUGAGUGAUUUGCAAGCUGAUCCGAUUGUGAUGUUUCAAGACAAAUAUUAUUACAUAAUAAUGCCACUAUUUGGUUUUAUUUUACCACCCAUUCCUGCAUGGUACUUCUUUGGAUACGAUUUUUAUCAUUCAAUUUUAAUUGUUUCAGUAUUACGUUGGAUGUAUACGCUAAAUGUUGCAUUUUUGGUUAAUAGUGCUGCCCAUUUAUCAGGGCCAAAACCAUAUGAAAAAAGUGUAACUUCAAGUGAAAAUUCAUUAGUUAUAGCAUUAGCUAUAGGAGAAGGUUAUCAUAAUUUUCAUCAUGUUUUUCCUUGGGAUUAUAAAGCUGCCGAAUUGGGUGGCUAUUAUACGAAUAUUUCGAAAUAUUUUAUAGAAUUCUGUGCAAAAUAUGGUUGGGCAUAUGAUCUAAAAACUGUAUCAGAAGAUACAUUACGCAAAAGGAUAUUAAGAACUGGUGAUGGAUCACAUUUCGCUCUUGAAAAUAUGAACGUUAAAGAAUUAAUGGAGAAUUUAGAUUUAGAUCAAGCUAAUGAUAAAGAAUUAAUAUGGGGUUGGAAUGAUAACGAUAUGGAAGAUGAAUAUAAGAAAAGUGCUAAAAUUAUAUAUAGAAGAGGAACGUGGUCAAUUCUAUUCUUAAAAAUGUUAAGAUCAGCGUUAGUAAUGCAUGAAAUUUUAAAUAAUAUGGAAUAUUCACAAACCGAUUGUAAAUCUUAUAAUGAUCCAAAAAAAUUAAUUGUAAAACCGAAGGGAUACAGAUGGGAAUGGGUUUGGUAUAGAGCUAUUGGUUUACCUGUUAUGCAUUUAAUCGGUUUCUAUGGAAUUUAUAUAAUGGUCGUUAAUUUAUACUGGGAUUUGUUGAUAUACAGUGUGUUUUUGGGAAUUUUAAGUGGAUUGGGAACAACAAUGGGCGCACAUCGUCUAUGGACUCAUAGAGCAUAUAAAGCUAAUGCACCAAUGAGAUUUGUUUUAGCAAUAUUUCAAGCGAUGGCAUAUCAACGUUCAAUAUUAACAUGGUCACGGGAUCAUCGAUCACAUCAUAAAUUUUGUGAUACCGAUGCUGAUCCACAUAAUUCAACAAGAGGUUUUUGGUAUUCUCAUAUUGGAUGGAUAAUGAUGAAAAAACAUCCAGAUGUUGUAGAAAAGGGUAAAUUAAUUGAUAUGAGUGAUUUAGAAGCUGAUCCAAUUGUAAUGUGGCAAGAUAAAUAUUAUUAUGUAAUAAUGCCAUUGAUUGGAUUUGUUUUUCCAGCAGUUUCAGCAUAUUACAUUUGGGGUUAUCCAUUUGAACAUUGUUUUCUUAUAUGCUCACUCUUAAAAUGGCUUUAUGUGUUAAAUGUUUCUUUUUUUGUAAAUAGUGCUGCACAUUUAUGGGGUACAAAACCAUAUGAAAAAACUGUAAGCUCAAGAGAAAGUCCACUUGUAAUUGCAUUAGCAAUUGGUGAAGGAUAUCAUAAUUUUCAUCAUAUAUUUCCAUGGGAUUAUAAAGCAUCAGAAUUUGGAACAUUUUUUACAAAUAUGUCUAAAUAUUUUAUUGAAAUCUGUGCGCAACUUGGUUGGGCUUGGGAUUUAAAAACUGUAUCAGAAGAAACCUUACGAAAACGUAUUGUAAGAACUGGUGAUGGAUCACACUGUACAUUGAAAAAAAUUGAAGAAAUGAAUGUUAAUGAAUUGAUACGUGAAUUAGACGCCACAAUAGAACACGAUAAAAGUUUAAUUUGGGGUUGGAAUGAUAAAGACUUGCAAGAAGAUUUUAAAAAUACCGCAAGGAUUAUGUACCGUGGUGUUUUAUAAGUGAUUUUUCACUGUAAAAAAUUUUUUUGUAAAUAAGAUCUUAUUUUAGAAGUAAUUUUUUCAUAAAGAACUGGAAUUUUACUCUUUAAUUAUUAAUUAAUUUAAAAAUAUAAUUUUUAUGUAUAUUAAAUUUUAUGUUAUAAUAAUUAGUCAAUA